AAAAGAAAUUCUACCUGCACUCACCUCCUUCUCUUUCCCUUUCUUCUCUUUCUUUUUUUAUUCAUCUUUCUCUUUUCCUCCUCCUCCUCCUCCUCUUUUUCUUAUUCUCCAUGACCAACUCCAACGGUUCUGCACCGUCACCAAUACCACAACAGCUACAGUCUGUACCGAAGCGCAUGUCCUCACUACCUUCAGAACAGCGUAGUAACAACGCGCCUUCAGCAACCUCAAGCGAAAAGAAUGCAGCAGCAAUCAACCUCACCGCCGACGGAAAUCCUGCCAUUGCAGUUACCGAGGAACUCUCGCCAGCUGAAAAGGCAGCCAGGGCCAAAGAAAGCAUACAAAGCACUGGUCUGUCCAAAGCAUUCGAAAAUGGUCAACACAAGCAUGCCAAGGGACAGCUCGCUACGGAUCUGGAAACGAGCGAUUCAGCACAGGUCAUGCAAGCUGUUGCUAAUGCCAGUGCCAAACCGGUUGCUCGGCCACCGUCCCCACCUCAAGAAUCAAACAGACCACCAGGCGCUUUUGGAGGAAACAAACCACAACAACCCGCACAGAAUGGAUGGACGUCUUUUUCAAAACUGCCCAAUCCGGGUGACGAGAAGGCCAUGGAAGAGUUAUCCAAAGCGUUCAACACGGACGCGCUUGUGGAAAUGUUCAAGGGAUCGCGCGACUCGAACGGGUCGCAUGCUUUGAACAAUGACCUGCUGGCGCAGUAUAUGAAAGAGUCGUACUAUGGUGAAUGGUAUCAUAACGCGGCCGUGAUCUUGUUUACGGUUGUGUUUACCUGGCUUCUCACAAAGCUUGGCGGAGGGUUAAUGGCGUGCUUGGUCGUUGGAGCGUUCUCAGCAACGUACUAUCAAACAUCGAUUCGCCGACUACGACGCAAUAUCCGCGAUGACAUGGAGCGUGAAGUGUCGAGCAAUAGGCUCGAGACCGAUAUUGAGUCCGCUGACUGGAUCAACCACUUUGUUACACGCUUCUGGCUGAUCUACGAGCCCGUCCUAUCUGCUCAGAUCAUUGGCACUGCCGACGCCAUCCUGAUCGAAAACACACCUUCGUUCUUGGACUCGAUCCGUCUGACCACCUUCACUUUAGGCACAAAGCCUUUCCGCAUCAACGGAAUCAAGACCUAUCCCAAGACCGAGCCCAAUGUGGUGGUCAUGGACUGGACCGUGUCGUUUAUCCCCAACGAUGUGCUGGAUUUGACCCCGCGUGAACUUCAAUCCAAGAUCAACCCCAAGAUUGUGCUUACUAUUCGUGUUGGCAAAGGCAUGAUUGGUGCUGGUAUGCCCGUAUUGCUCGAGGAUCUGGCGUUCAAGGGCACCAUGCGCCUCAAGUUCAAGCUGUUCAAUGAAUUCCCUCAUGUCAAGACCGUCGAAGCUUGCUUUUUGGAGAAGCCCUUGUUUGAUUACUCGCUCAAGCCUGUUGGUGGUGAGACUUUUGGUUUUGAUAUCAACAAUAUCCCUGGUCUCCAAACCUUUGUUCAAGAACAAGUACACGCAACUCUGGGUCCCAUGAUGUAUGCUCCCAACGUGUAUACGGUCGAUGUGGCUGGCAUGAUGGCUGGCACGACCGAUCUGACUGCCGCCAACGGCGUCCUGGCCAUCACCGUCUACUCUGCUACCAAUCUUAAGGCUGCAGAUUUGUUUGGCAGCCUCGACCCCUACAUCACCUUCCAUAUCGGCAACGCCCACAAUGCUGAAAUGGGCCGCACAUCUGCAUUCGAGGAUACCAACAACCCCAAGUGGGACGAGACCCAUUUUGUCUUGCUCAACAACACCAACGAGACUGUCUACUUGCAAGUCAUGGACAGAAACUCAGGUCGCAAGGACUCUGCUGUCGGUGUCGCUUCGUUCGAUUUGAAGGAGUUAGCCAACAACGACAAUGCCGUGUCUGGUUUGAACUUGUCUGUCCAACGCUCUGGUAAACCUGUGGGUGAAGUGAAAUGUGAUAUGCAAUACUUCCCUGUGUCCAAGCCCGAAAAGAAGGAAGACGGUACCAUUAUUCCACCUGCCGAAUCCAACAGCGGUGUCUUGCGCUUCACUGUACACGAAUGCAAAGGUCUCGGCGGCGACGGUAAACGCGGCAGUGGCAUUGGCCUUCCUCUCAUUGGUGGCAAGGACGAUCUCAACGCCUAUGCUGUCGUUAAGGUCAAUGGUCAAGAUCGUUUGCGCACCAAGCCGUUUAAACGCAGCGUCAACCCUCGUUGGGACAAGUUCAUCGAAGUGUUUGUGGCCGACAAGACCAAGCUCGAUUUGGGCGUCAACGUUAUUGACAGCAAGGAAUUCACGGACGACGAUGUCAUUGGUCGCUGGCGCAUGUCGCUGGCCAACAUGGAAGACGAGCAUAUCAAGCAAGGUUUGGAUUGGUGGAACUUGAAGGAUGGUCCUGGUAAGAUCCACUUGAGUGCCAUGUGGAAGCCUAUCGUCAUGACCGGUUUUGCCGAAGGUCUUGGCCAUGGCCAUUACCGCCCUCCCAUUGGUGUGGUUCGCCUCCACUUCUUCGGUGCCCGUGAUCUCAAGAACGUCGAAGCCAUGACUGGUGGCAAGUCUGAUCCUUACAUCCGCGUCCUUUCCGGAAUGCAAGUCCGUGCUCAGUGCGAGCGUGUCGACGAUAACUUGGAUCCUGACUGGGAUGCCACCUUUUACGUGCCCGUUCACUCGAUUCGUGAGGAUCUUAUUUUUGAGGUGAUGGACUACAACGACAUCCAGAAGGACAAGUCGCUCGGUCUCUUUGACUUCUUGUUGAAGGACAUUGUCAAAGAAUCUAAGACUGAAGACGGUCAAGCUUACUACGAGCCACUUGAAGCCAUUGACAAAUGGGUUGAUAUCACCAGUGUUGAACGCAAGAAGGGCAAGGGCAAGUUGCACUUUGCUGCCUCGUUUAUCCCUGCCAUGGAGCUUCCCAAGCCCGAGAGUGAAAAGAAGAAAGGACAGGAGAACCAGGAACAAAGAGCACCUGCUGGCAACGGCCAAGUCCCACCCGCUACUCCCCCGCAAGAAGCUGAAGCUGCACCCGAAAUUCCUCCUGAGAAGGAUCUCCACGGUGAAUUGAUCAAAUACACUGCCGAUGACAAGGGCAAGAUUGAUCUGCUCGCUUACGAGUCUGGUAUUUUGUCGGUUUCUGUUCACACUGCUAAAUUCCCUGAACGUGUCAAGGCCUCUGCUAGUAUUCUGUUGGACUCGAACGAUCCACAAUACCGCACUGUUGCUAUCAAGGGUGUCGAUUUGCCCUUCAACGAGACCGGCGAUGCCUUUGUCAAAGAAAUGGACUUUUCCAAACUUGUUGUUCGUGUACAGCCUGUUAAGGAUAGCGACAAGGAUGACUCGCACAUUGGGUAUUACACAAGCUCAGUUCGUGAUAUCGUGCGCAAGAUUAUGGAGCGUCAAGGAUCCGAUGAGGAAGAUGAGGGCGAAAUGUUCAAGUUGCUCGAUAGUGAUCUUGGUUCAAUUCGCUUGAGCUUCAGGUUUACCCCAGUUGUAAACUUCAAGCUGGACCCAAGCGAAAGUCUUGAGAACCAGGGCAACCUUACUGUCACUCCGCUGAAGGCAACCAACUUGACCGCCGCCGAUCGAUCUGGCACCAGUGAUCCAUUCAUUGUAUUCUCGAUUGCGGGCGAAAAGGUCCACAAGACAGAAACCUACAAGAAGACAUUGAACCCGGUUUUCAAGGACGAACAAUUCACUGCUCCAGUGCCAAACCGUACGAAGGUCAACCUUGUGGCCGAAAUCUACGACUGGGAUCAGUUUGGCAAGGACUCAAUUAUUGGCCAAUGUGAAGUGUCGUUUACUGGCAAAGAACUCGAGAGUUUCGCUGCCAAGGACUUUGAGGUUUCUCUCAAACCUUCUGGCUCUUUACGUCUGCGUAUGUUGUGGCAGCCACAAUUGCUUGCACGCAAGCGCACGGGCACAUCCUUGCUCGGUUCCACGACCCGAAUCUUCACUUCUGCACCCGGAGCCGCAUUUGGCGUUGGCAAGGACAUUGCUGGUGUUGGAUUUGGUGCCGGUACCAAAGUUCUUGGUACAGGUGGUAAGGUGAUUGGCGGUGGCGUCUCCGCCAUUGGAAGCGGUAUUGGCGGUGGCGUAUCUGCCAUUGGAAGCGGUAUUGGCAGUGGUAUUCGUGGCAUCGGUCGCAUUGGCGGCGGUGGAAGCAAGCGUGAAAAGUCCAGCGACUCGGACUCUUCCUCCUCCAUCAACCAACAGCAACCUGCUGUUGCUGCACCAGCACCUGUACCAACAGUCAGUACCACAAGCACAGUCGAUCAGCGCGGCAGCAUGGAUUCAUCCAUGUCACCACGUGCAGCCCAAGGCGGUGAUGCCACAGGUGCUAUCAAUGUGACUCUGGUCGGUGCACGCAACUUGAAGGCCAUGGAUCGAGGCAACACAAGCGAUCCUUAUGCACGCGUCCGUAUCGGUGGCCGCAUUGUACACAAGACAAAGACAAUUAAGAAGACACUGCAGCCGGAUUGGAACGAGACGUUCUUGGCCAAGAUCAGCGAUGGCAAGACUUUGUUGGACAUCAAGAUCAAGGAUAAGAACACUUUGAACGAUGUGGAUAUCGGCGACUGCUCGUAUGAUGUGGCAGAUCUGUUACAGUCCGGACAGUCGUUUGAUGGCUGGGUACCGCUUGAACCUCAAGGCACAGGUGAAGUGCGCUUACGUAUUGAAGUAACGUCGUCGGAUAGUGGUUCAUCAAGCCGAGGACUUUUUGGCAAGAUCAUGUAAAAAAAAUUACUCUCACCCACACAACAAUUCCAUGCAAAAAUUCCUAUUUCCUCUUUUCUAUCUACUAUUUCCUGUACAUCCAUUAGUAUUAUCAUUUUAAAGUGCUAUCAAAAGAAAAACUAUAUAACUUGCUAUACCAAUCAUGACUUAUAACAAGUGCGUUCAGGGGCAGCAAUUCACGUGUAUAAGCCACCCAAAUAGGUUGGGAGUCUGAGGCCUAUGCAGCAUCAAGUCGUCGUCGUC